AUGGCUGUGGAGAAGCCCCUUCCACUUGAAACACUUCUCCCGCUCAACUCCAAUCGUUCGCCGGGAGAUUUUCGACACGCUCUCUUACCGCAGCGUCAAGAGCUCGGCGUAGAUAGUCAAUCACCUGCCAGCGCUGAGGAAGACGAUGGCACGGAGAAUGAGGCUGGGCCACCAAAACGGCCAAAGCGGUCGAGAGCCUGCGUGGCAUGCCGAAACAUGAAAAUUCGAUGUCUCCCCGUUGAAGGGCAAGAAGCGUGUCUUGCUUGUUCUAAGGUCAAUCGAGACUGUGUCAUGCCGGGACCUCCGCGCAAACGGCAAAAGACUGUGCACAAGGUGGCUGAGCUGGAGAAGAAGAUUAACGCCCUCACCGAAGCCCUUCUCGCUAAGCAGCAAGCCGAACCGUCACCACCAACAACAUCACCAGAGAAAGAUCAAACCUCCAGCGCAAGUUCAGUGCCAUCCGCGAUUGAAGAAAGCGUCAAUAGUGCAGGUGAUUCUUGGACUCCUAAGCCCGCUGAGAAAAUCAUCGAACCUCAACCCCAUCCGGUGGAUUCCACCACUAUGUGCCCAUUUGCGGUUGUUAGUACUGUCAAGGAUGACUAUGUCGAUGUUGUGGACCGCGGGAUAGUGUCCAUGGAGUCCGCGACGACCUUGUUCAACCAUUGGAAGCAUCACAUGUCUCAGAAUUGCCCCAUCGUUCUUUGCCCUGCGGAUAUCCAGGCACACACAGCACGAAAGCAGCGUCCCAUGACAUUCCUGGCGAUCUUGCUCAUCGCCAGUACUACUAUGAUGCCUUCUGUCCAGCCGACACUUGCUACGGAGGUAGGCCAGCAAUAUGGCCAAAGAGUCUUGUUUCACGGGGACAGGUCUAUGGACUUGGUUCAGGCAUUACUUCUCCAAUCUCAAUACUACGUCCGUCCCCGAACGGCGAGAGAUCUUGCGUUCCACCAAUAUGCACAAGCGGCCUUGACAAUGUCUUACGAUCUGGGGAUUGGAAAACGAUCGAGGGUGCGCCGGCCAAUGACUGACCAAGAACAUCUCGAGCUCGCUCGAACAUGGCUUGCGGCAUGCUGCACAAACAUAUCGGUCUCGACGGUUCUCCGUCUUCCCACCGCUGCCAGAUUCGAUGCGCAUGCCGAAGAUUGCAUACAGGUUCUAGAAAGCAGCCCGUAUUCGCUGCCGGGUGACAGGUGGAUGGUUGCUCAGGCCAGACUAUCGCGGAUUGCACAAGAAAUCUCCGAGACCUUCAGCAUGUGUGAUCCAACUGCCGACCUGAAUUUUACAGAUAGCCGGACACAGCAUCAUCUGAAGUACUUUCGCCGACAAUUAGACGAAUGGGAGAAAUCAGUCGACCCUAGUGUGGACAAGCGAAUGGUCUCACUACAACGAUGUAGUAUAGAUCUCUACAUCCACGAGGUGGCUCUGCACUGGGAACACAGCAUUGACGACUGGCGGCCGGGGAACAUCGAGCACGAAAGGAAAGAGCCCGAAACAAUCACUUCUGUCCAUAUCGACGCGUUGGCUACUCUUCUGUCCAGCAGCCACAAGCUUCUCGACAACUACCUCUCGUUUGACCUCUUCCUGGUUCGGAACCUGCCAAACUUGUACAUUGUCUGGGUCGCAUACGCCAUGGUUGUUCUCAUUAAAAUCCAUUGGAUUGUCUUUGGCCCAGGGUCCCUGGUGAACUCGAUAUUUGCCACAGAGAUCAAGACCGACUACUAUCUCGACUCUAUCAUCAACAAGAUCGCACAAGUUACUGCUGAAGGCCGGUGCCCAUGUGCCGACGCGUUUCGGUUCGUGUUUAUGAAACUAAAGACCUGGCACCGGCAUCUCGGAGGAAGCAUGAACUCGGAUGACGAGCAAGGACACGACGCCGAGGCUCGACGACAGCGUGGAGCGGCACAAUUCUUUAGAAGCGAGCCGCUUACGCUUUUACAGAAUAUGAGUAAGGACGAAACGUCAAGUUCGAAUCCAGAACGGGCCCAGGUACACCCGGUGACAUCAACAUCGACAUCGCUUUCUUAUCAGCGGUACAUGAUGGCUGAUGGAUACCUUGGGACCAAUUUGAAUGCGGCUUACGAUGCAGCAAGCUACGGAAACACGAAUUGGGAUGAGUUCAACUUCAGCACCGAGGAAAUGGACAUGUUUGAUGUCUACAUGGCCAAUUCGGGAUGGAUGGGGUAUCUGCUCUAA